AUGUGGAGUGCGAGCGUGUUCUUCCUUACACAGAUUGUCGUGUGUCAAUUUACUACAGAAAACCCAACAACACCUACAACAGAAGAAUCACCGACGGUGACGACAUUCUACGCGCUCAGCACCGGCAUCGUACCAGCUCCUGUGAUGUUAAGGCUUGGGAACUCCACCAUAGACAGCACAAAAGCUUUCAAGGUCCCACAGCCUUCCCAGGAUCCUUCUACAGAGAAGCCAAUGAAGAUAGACAUGGUUCCACAUGUGGUGCUCAAGAACACCUACUUUGACCAUGAUAGGAAAUAUGGGCCCAGUUUUGAAGAUGCUCCUGAUGGGAACAUCACUAAAAUUACGGUGCAGUUAGGAGAGGAUGCACAUUUGAAUUGCAGAAUUAGUUUGCUGCAAGAUAAAACGGUGUCCUGGGUACGUCGCAGAGGCAAGGAUGAGAUGCCAGAACUGCUGACUGUAGGAGCAGUGACGUACGCUGCUGACAAUCGAGUGACAGUUGCCAGAAGGUACCCUGGCAACUGGAGACUGCUCAUCAGGGAGGUGAAACCUGAUGACGAAGGAGUAUACGAGUGCCAGAUAUCUACUCAUCCGCCUAGAGUUAGCAGGACUUAUUUGCAUAUUAAUACACCACAAGUGUGGGUAGUAGACGAGGCUGGUGCCCCACUACUGGAGAAGUACUACGAGGCUGAAUCGACCCUGGCGUUGCUGUGCAGAGCUAGACACGUGGAGACUCCUGCCUUGCUGACGUGGCUGCAUGAGGGUAGAGCUCUGAACGCUGAUACCACUCGAGGAGGAAUCAGUGUCAAGACAGAACAAGUGCCUGGCGGUGCUGACAGCCAGCUCCGGCUCGCUCGUGUGAACAGCAGCGAUGCUGGAAACUACACGUGCGCGGUCCGAGGCGCUCGCUCCCACACCGUGUCUGUACAUGUUCUUAAUGAAAGUCUAGCAGAACUGCACGCCGGAUCGAAAUCGCUGCAUCCACCAACAGUUACAACUGUUAUUUUACUCCUCACAAUACUAUAUCUAGCAGAAGAAACAGUGUUAUUUAUACCUGUGAUCCUCUUCGCAACCCUAGUUCAUAUGAUACAGGCCCAAGGCCAAACGAACGAACUUUAUAUAUUGUUACCGACGUGA